GCAAGGGUCACGUCGACGCGUAGAGACGGUUACGGCGGGACGCGCUCCGUGACCCAACGAGGUAAAUACCAAGCCCAUGUCUCGGUAUAUGAAGUGUAGAUGCCCACUUCUGUGUCUGGCUGUGAGUCCGUAAUCGUCGACUUGAAUAGUGCACUUCCAAUUGCACCUACGUUUCAACAUGCCAGACUCAUACUUGCCAAAGGACUUCCUGUGGGGGUUUGCAACAGCAAGUUAUCAGAUUGAAGGUGCUCCCGCAGAGGAUGGGCGUGGAGACUCCAUUUGGGACACUUUCUGCCGCGUUCCAGGCAAGAUUGCAGGUGGAGAGUCCGGUGAUGUAGCCUGCGACUCAUACCACCGCACCGAUGAAGACAUCGCUCUGCUGAAGCAACUCGGUGCCAAAUCCUACCGCUUCUCGCUCUCGUGGUCUCGCAUCAUCCCACUCGGUGGGCGUAACGACCCUAUCAAUCAGAAGGGUAUCGACCACUAUGUGAAGUUCGCCAAAGACCUGCGCGCUGCAGGCAUUGAGCCGUUAGUAACGCUCUUCCAUUGGGAUCUUCCCGAAGGUCUCGACAAGCGGUAUGGUGGCUUGCUGAACAAGGAGGAGUUCGUCAAGGAUUUCGAGAACUACGCCAGGGUGUGUUUCAAGGCCUUCGGUUCGACAGUCAAACUAUGGAUCACCUUCAACGAGCCAUGGUGCAGUUCCAUUCUGGGUUACGGUACUGGUCUGUUUGCGCCCGGACGCACAAGUGACAGGAGUAAGAGUAAAGCGGGCGAUAGUAGCAGGGAGCCCUGGAUUGUGGGCCACAACCUCCUCCUCGCCCACGGUGCCGCAGUCAAGGCGUAUCGCGACGACUUCAAGAAGCAGGACGGUGGCCAAAUCGGUAUCACUCUUAAUGGUGAUUGGACCGAACCGUGGGAUCCGGAAGACCCCAAGGACCGCGAAGCAUGCGACCGCAAGAUUGAGUUCGCCAUUUGCUGGUUUGGCGAUCCAGUCUACUUUGGCAAAUACCCAGACUCCAUGCGUAAGCAGCUGGGAGACAGGUUACCCGAGUUCACGCCUGAGGAGGCUGAGCUCGUGAAGGGCAGCAAUGACUUCUAUGGCAUGAACCACUACUGCGCAAACUACAUUAAGCACAAGGACACGGAACCAGAGCUAGACGACAAUGCUGGCAACCUGGAGAUCCUCAUGCAGAACAAGAAGGGAGAGUGGAUCGGCCCAGAGACACAAUCUGUCUGGCUGAGACCAAUGCCUCUUGGAUUCAGGAAGCUGAUCAAGUGGCUCAGCGACCGCUAUGGGGGACCUACCUUCUACGUCACGGAGAACGGAACAAGUCUGAAGGGUGAGAACGAGCUCCCCCUCGAAGAACUCCUGAAUGACGAGUUCCGCGUCGAGUACUUCCGAGGCUACAUUGGCGCCCUUGCUGAUGCUCAUACCCUGGAUGGUGUCGAUGUCCGUGGCUACUCGGCUUGGAGUCUUAUGGACAACUUCGAGUGGGCCGAAGGCUACACGACACGAUUCGGUGUAACCUAUGUGGAUUACAAGGGCGGCCAGAAGCGCCAUCCAAAGAAAAGCGCGCGCGAAAUCUCAAAGAUCUUCGAUCAGUACAUCAAAAAGGAGUAGACAGUUUCGUUAAGCUGGGUCACGCCACGGGUGUGGCGUCAGGAGAUAAGCUGCAGAGAAUGUCAUCCGGGGCUCCUAGCAAUCUUCUAGCGCUCCUGCAAUAGAAUUUCAGCAGUCACUGUUCUCUUCUUUUAGGGACUCCGGGAAUGCAUCCUCCUUGGGUAAGAUGCAUUGUGUGAUAUUCAUCUCUCCCCAUCUGUUGAGAUGCACGCACGCGUGGGCGUCUUGCGCGGCGAAGCGACCCUGAUGCCCA